UUAAAUGAAGUAGAGUAUGGAGUCCUUUGAUAAAUUGAAAAGCGUUCUUAUGUCAUUUACAGGGAAAGUCUGUACCGAAAAGGAUAUUGAUCUAGCACUCGGGCUACUGGAUUCCAUCCAAGUCUAUACCAAAACUCUGGAAAAAAAGGGAACCUUACGUUAUAUCGACGAGAAUGAUCUGGACCCAAAAUGGACAGAGAUUGGGUCUGGUCAUUUUGGAUACGUAUACGCCAGUAGAUAUGGAGGAUCGAAGGUUGCUGUAAAAAUAUUUAAAGAAGAAUCAAAAUCAAAGAUUCGAGAGGGAAAGAUACUGCAGGACUUGAGCCAUGAAAAUAUCAUAGCAUUUCGAGGAAUUGGAUAUAUGUCAAAAACAAAAGCGGAAGAAAUAGAUGUACGUGUAAGUGAAGAAAACGAGGGUGAAAUGAUGUUUCUAGUCAUGGAGUAUAUUGAUCAAAAUCUAUUAAAGUAUGUAGAUGGGAUGAGAGUCCAUGAAAGAAAAGGACUACGCGACGAUAUGGUUUGGAAUAUUGGACAGCAGAUCAUUAGUGCAUUGGACUAUCUUCACAACUUGAAUAUUGCUCAUCGAGAUCUUAAACCGGAUAACAUUCUUCUGGAGGUAGGACCGAGGAGAAUCGUCGUAAAACUGGCAGACUUUGGGCUUGCAACGGACGGCAAUCAAAUAAACACCAAUCCUCAACGAGAUAAUAAAAAAAUGUCUUCAGGGAUGAGUGGGUCCAGAGCAAGCUCCAGUUCCAGCGUUGCAAAUGUAAGAUGGGGUGCACCUGAAGUAUUUCAAGAAACUUUGGGUCGUGUAUGGUCAUUUGAAGAUUAUAAAAAUGCGGAUAUAUAUUGCUUUGGGAAUGUUUUAACAUUUAUGCUGACCGGUGAGCGACCUUAUAGUAAAAUAUCUACAAAAACACUGGUAGACUACAAGGAUCCAACGGACAACAUAUCAAUUCCAGAUUUGCCCAAAACUUUAACUGGUAAUUUGAAAGAUGUGAUUCCAAGGUGCCAUCUAGAUAUCCCAAAGGAGAGGCCUACAGCCGAAAACAUAUUGAAAGAUUACUUCAGUUCGGAAAAUAAUCCAUAUCUCUUGCAGACACACCCGGAAACUGAAGCAGAAUUCUUUAGUUGUGGCUUCAUGGAUAGGACAGAUAUAUUUGUUGCUGACUCGUGUACUGACAAGGAGGCGUCACAAAUGGGUUUUUACGAAUCUGGAAUAAGACCUACCGGAUACGACCAUUGGGAUUUAAAUUGUCUCAUUGAAGUAGAAAAAGUUCCAUAUCGAGACAGACCAGUUGAAUGGUCACUUGAGGAAGACUAUAUAGAUAAUUUGGAAGAAUUUCAAAAAAUGACAAAAAACAAAGUAAUUGAUAACAACCCUACUGUAGCUUUGAAGGGGUUGACAUUUGCAAGACCCGGUGAAGAAGAAAAUCAACUUAUUGAAUUCAAAUUUAAGGAAUCUGAUUAUGUUCAUCACAGGGCUAUGAGAAAAAUAUGGAUUGAUUUUUCAAAUCAGCAGAAGAUUUGGGAGCUUCCCUCAAAGUCAGACGUGCAUCCAUAUUUUAGUAACACGUUCGGUCUGCAUGUGGCAGUCCUUACAGAUGAAGGCCCUGACAAACCACAAAAAUUUUUAUUUCCACGUCGUGCACAAAGAGAGGGAAUGGCUGCACCGGGAAAAUUCACUUGUGGUGCCGUCGAAAGUGCAUCUAAACCGGACUACAAGAUACACAAAGGUAAAACGUGUGUUGAUUUAGUCAAUACUGCAGCACGUGGACUGAAAGAAGAACUUGGGCUAGAACUUUCAGGGAGUGACUUAGAUGCUAUUUGCUUGACCACGGUAUACUUAAAAUUUGACACCCAUGAAUGGGGACUAUGUGGUUUUGUCGAUUUGAAAGACGAAAGAAUAGAUCCAAAGCACAGAAUAAGUGCUAAUAGUUUGAAAGAUAUAUUUAGCACUGGACCAAAAGACAAAUUUGAACACCAAACGCUAACGUUUAUAGAUUUCAAUUUAAAAACGAUGGUUGAGUUCGUUUUUAAUAACCAUGAAAACUUCGCAAGCUCUGCUAAACUCGUUGUUGUGAAAGUUUUGCAAGCUUUCUAUGGAUGGCAACGAGUACAACAAGAGUUUGAAAUUAUGCGCUAUGGUAAAUAGAAAUUUUAAUUUGAUUAAGUAUAUUUCAAUAUACUUGCGUUUUAAUGUAUAUAAAAAUGUGGAAAAAUAAUCUUCUUAUAACACUUUUUCUAAUUUUAGUAAAAAUAUCAUCAAAUAGAAAUUUUCGUACCUGUAAAAUAAAUUGUUCAUUGUA